CACAAUGGUGUUCUUUUACUUAAAAUCAGAAAUCCAUAUGGAAAAGGAUGACCUGCAACAAUAACUAUUAAUGGUUGACUUCAAUAUUAGCAAAAAGAACAUGGCAACCAUGAGAAAAUUUCCAUGCAUUUCCUUGCUUGUUUUUUCAUGCUUUUACUUGCAGGUUUACAAUGGAACAGUUUCGGCCACUGAUACCCUUUUCCAAGGUCAAAACAUGACGGCCUCAGGUCAGUUAACAUCUUCUUUAAAUACCUUUGAAUUAGGGUUCUUUUCACUAGGAUCAACAAAUGUAUAUUUAGUGGUUCGGAUGAAAAAUGUUCCAACCAAGGAUAUCGUGUGGGUUGCCAAUAGAGACCUUCCUUUCACUGGUUCAUCCAUGAUCCUCACCAUCAAUGGCGAUGGAUACCUUAUGAUUGUGAAUGACAGAACAACUUAUAGAGUGAGUGAUGAUCCAUCAUCAAGCCAAAACGUGAGCGCAACGCUGUUAAAUUCUGGGAAUUUAGUUUUAAGAAAUGGGAACCUUGAUAUACUAUGGCAGAGCUUUGAUUCCCCUUUAAACAUGUUUUUGCCUGGGAUGAAGCUUGGUUACAAUAAUAAAACUGGAAAAGUUUGGUCUUUAACAUCUUGGUUAGAUGAAGAGGACCCAAAUAAAGGGGAUUUUGAGUUGAAAAUGGAUCCUAAAAAUUCAAAUGCAGUGUUACUCAUGAGGGGUAGUCAAACGUUAUGGAGUAGUGGGCCUUGGAAUGGGCAUAUUUUUGUUUUGAUGCCUGAAAUGAGAUUGAACUACAUCUUCAACUACAGCUUGUAUACUGACGAAAACGAAACGUAUUUUUGGUAUUCAUUGUAUAAUCCCGAAACUAUAACUAGAUUUAUCCUCGACAUCGACGGACGUCUAAAAGAAUCUUCGUGGCUUGGAAGUUCUCAAGAAUGGGCUUUGUUUUGGGCUCAACCAAGACAAUUUUGUGAGGCUUUAAACUCUUGUGGUCUAUUCAGCAGCUGCAGUGAGGAGACCCACAGUUGCAGUUGCUUGCGAGGUUUUUAUCCAUCCGGAAAGCAACAAGGCCAGGAUGGUGGAUGUAUGAGGAGAGUGGCCCUAACAUGUGGGAAUGGAGAUAAUAGAGACAUGUUCUUCAGGAUGAAUGAUGUGAGAUAUCCUGUAAGCUCAACUCAGCAAAUCAAUUCAUCAUAUAAUUUCCCAUCAGGCCCUCAAGUUUCAAACUCCGACCCAAAAGCAUGCAGAGAAGCUUGCUUGAGUAACUGCACUUGCAGUGCAUAUGCAUAUAACACAAGUGGCAAUUGCUUAAGAUGGUAUGGAGACAUUCUUGGUCUUGAACAACUGUCAGCAAAGGAUCCAAAUGGACGUACAAUCUUCAUCAAACUUGCAGCUUCUGAAUUUGACAAUGGAAGAGGAGCCAAUUGGUACCUAUGGAUAAUUGCAAUUCCUAUUGUUUUAUUGGUGGUUCUUCCUGCAUCUUACAUUGUUAUUCGGUGGAAGAAGAGUUUUAUAAACAAAGGGGACAGAGAAGAUCCAAGUCAGGAUAUACUACUCUUUGAUAUGGAGAUGAGCAUCACAACUAGUAGCAGUGAAUUUUCAGGUUCCGAAAACUCUGGAAAACGGAGGAAGGACCGUGCAUUUCCGUUGUUUAGCUUUGCUAGUGUAUCGACAGCUACCGAAAACUUCUCAUUGGAGAAUAAGCUAGGAGAGGGGGGAUUUGGACCUGUUUAUAAGGGAAAACUAUUAAAUGGAAAAGAAAUAGCAGUGAAAAGGCUUUCGAAAAGGUCCGGACAAGGGCUAGAAGAGUUGAAAAACGAGACGAUGCUUAUAGCAAAGCUUCAACAUAGGAACCUUGUUAGACUACUAGGUUGCUGUUUAGAACAAGGAGAAAAGAUAUUGAUCUAUGAGUUCAUGCCUAACAAAAGCUUGGAUUUUUUUCUUUUCGGUUCAAACAUUGAAGGAUUACUAGACUGGGGAACAAGAGUUCAAAUAAUCGAGGGGAUUGCGCAAGGGCUUCUGUAUCUUCACCAAUAUUCAAGAUUACGAAUCAUACAUCGAGAUCUCAAGGCAAGCAAUAUCCUGUUAGACAGUGAAAUGAACCCGAAAAUAUCGGAUUUCGGGUUGGCAAGAAUGUUUGGUGGUGACAAGUUACAAGCAAAUACCAAUAGGAUUGUAGGAACAUAUGGCUAUAUGUCGCCUGAAUAUGCCAUGGAGGGUCUUUUCUCCAUUAAAUCUGAUGUGUUCAGCUUCGGUGUGCUGCUGUUGGAGAUAAUAAGUGGCAAGAAGAACACUGGCUUUUACCACUGCAGUUCUCUUAAUCUAAUUGGACAUGCAUGGGAACUGUGGAAAGGAGAUAGAGUUGUUGAGUUGAUGGAUCCUAAAUUGAAAGACCAGGUUCCAUGUCCUACGCAGCAGACAUACGUUAAUGUGGCUCUUCUUUGUGUUCAAGAAAUGGCAGCCGACAGACCGACAAUGUCGGAAGUUGUUGCGAUGCUUACCAAUGAGCUCACGGUUCUAAAUUCUCCCAAAAAGCCUGCUUUCUCUAAUGCUAGGAAUAUGAAAAAUAGUUCAAAUAAGCCUGCAAAUUUUUCAGUGAAUAACGUCACAGUUUCUUUGAUGGAACCUCGAUAGUUAUUUUCGAUUAUAGCUCAUGUAACACCUAACAUCCCACGAUUGAGUCUUAACUUAAUUGAUAUAAGCAUUGUUACUAGUGUAGAAGAACAUAUGUUCGAAUGCAUUAAAAGUAGUUUUAGGCAUUGUAUUGAAAAGAGCAGUUGUGAUUAAAUGAAAUUAUUUAAAGAAAAACAAAAAA